AUGCACUUGUCCCUAACCAAUUCAACAGAACCAUCGGCCGAAAGAGAGGUCGGGGAGCGAGAGGGGAGAACUUGUUGCAAAACAAGCCGCAUUCCAUUGGUGCAGCCCACUGACCUAAAGCUCAGACACUAUGCGCAAGCGCAUACAUGCCUUAGUACCGUGUCCCCAAUUCGUGCGACUAACGGCGGCAGCGUGCACGCGUCGCCCGCGCGCGAAAUAUCGCGCGACACACCCGACUAUCAAUACGGGCGAUUUGACGCAAGUGCAUUACACAUUGCACAUGCGCUUAAACAGACAGAAUUGCAGAAGGCAUACCACAGGCCGAGAGAGAAGCCAAUAGACUGUUAUCUGGCGGAGCGAAUAAUAAAUGGAAAUAAGGAGAAAAAGACUGUUCGAUUAACUGCAUGCGAUGCCUGUCGAAACAAAUCUGUCAUUUGA